UGGACGCCAUGCUACCAACGACUGGGAGACGGCAAAUGGGAAAAACACCAAGCUAUGGCUCACGAAUAAGAGCGCGAAAUAAGAGCUCUUGUCAAAUAGAUGGCUUUGUUGAACUCACUGGCGCUCACGAAUGUAGCUACAUACAGUAUCCGCCUCGACUCUUUGAUCUGAAUACAUGGCUCGUCCAUCGUCGAGCAGCAAGCAACGUGAUCCGAUGGACCCUGUUCGCGCGUCCCCCAUUCCUUCCGAAUGCCAAUCUCCUCCACUCCCUCGACCACCGCACCACCGUACGUCUCAUGAGGACGUGAGCACGAGACAGCUGUUGCAGCCGCAAUUUGUGCCAGCACAACAUGGCGCACCACACCAAACCAUCAGCGUGGAUCUGGCCUUCCCACGCCUGCCUGGCACAGCCAUCGAACCAUCGGCGACCGCUAACACGUGGUUGGACGAAGGCGAGCAGAAGAUGACGUUCGCGCAACUCAUCUACAUCGCACUCCACAGCAAGGAAACGAAGGCAAUGGGGCUGGGCGAACUCUACCACUGGUUUGAGCAAAACACCUGGAGAGCCAACAAAGGAGGCGAAGGAUGGAAAUUCAGCGUUCGCUCGAACCUGAGCGUGAACAAGGUACGCUAGCGAGUUGCGUCAGCGAUGUGACGGUGUAGUUUUU